AUGCACGCCCGCCGCGGCCUGCGCCACAUGCGUGACCCAGCGGCUGGCUCGCGGCGCCGCCUCUUCUCCUCCGCGUUCGGCGACGAAGCUUCCUCCAGCAACCCUGACGAAGACUACAUCGGAUUCGACGAUUUCGUCUCCGGGCCGACCGCUCCCGCUUCCGCGCAGCUCAAGGCAUUGUUGGAUAUUAAAGCCGCCUGGAAGAGCGGCUUCUACGCAGCUUCCACGUGGAAGGAGGGCAGUACGGACACAUCCGCGUGGGAGGGCCUCGAUAUUGACGACUCUGGGAAUGUCGUCAGCAUGCGGCUGGUCUCCGCGGGCGUCGAAGGCCCGCUGCCCGCGGCAUUCGCUGCACUGACGGCCCUCACGUCUCUAGAUCUCCGCCAAAAUAAGCUGACCGGCGAGAUUCCCCGCGGUGUUUUUUCCAAGAUGCCGUACCUCAAGGAGUUUUACGUAGCCGAUAACAAGCUCUCGGGGCUGUUUCCGUGGAGACAAAUAUUCGGGCAGGCGAAUUCCCCGCUGCAAAUGUUCGAAAUCGACGGCAACGCUUUCACUGGUGGCAUUCCCAACACCCUCUUCCAGAACUCGCCGAAUCUCCAAACUUUCACAGCUAGCGGCAACAAGUUCACCGGGCAGAUGCCUACUGGUUUGUCGGGCUGCCCGCUUCUUUCGGUCAUCGAUUUGUCGGACAACCAGCUGACCGGCCCAAUUCCGUCCGCGUUUGGCCGGAUGGACGGGCUCGAAGUGUUCGACGUCGGCAACAACCUGCUGACCGGUUACCUGCCGGCAACCUUCGGACUCUCUGCAACUCUCAUGAAUUUCGAUGUUAGCAACAACAAGCUGAGCGGUUACCUCCCCGCAUCGCUGGCCAAUCUCGGCCAAUCGCUGCGGGCCUUCAAAGUGGCGAACAACUACUUUACUGGCGUUUUGCCCAAGUUCCCAAACCUCGGGAGGGGAUGCGGCCCCAAGGGCUCCGACGCUGUUUCCUGUUACAGGUUCUCAAGCAUCAUUGAUUUGAGCAACAACUACUUUUUCGGAAAAGAUGAGAUGACCAUCCAGGCGGCCAAUUGGACAGGCACGCCCAAGACCGCCGUAAUCUGCCCAGGCAAAGACUUUCCGAAUGACAUUUCUGUUCAGGGAAAUUGCUUGGUGUCCACUGCGACCUGCACAGCCAAGUCGCAGAGGGCUGCUGCGCAAUGCACUGCGUUCUGUGGGACAGGCGCAGGUUCUCCUCAGUGCGGAGGCGGGGGUGUCUGUUUCUGGGAUGCAGCUAGUGGUAAGGCGGCAUGCCGGUGCAAGGAGGGCUUCGUGCCUGCGUCGUCGGCUUCACCCUGCCUCCCCUCGCUGCCUCUCCGCGUCUCGCGGCGGCCUCCCAAAGCGAGCUGCACUCGAAUAAGGCUCUUCUCCUCCUCUCACCACGCCUUCUCCUCCUCUCACCACGCCUUCUCCUCCUCUCACCACGCCUUCUCCUCCUCUCACCACGCCUUCUCCUCCUCUCACCACGCCUUCUCCUCCUCUCACCACGCCUUCUCCUCCUCUCACCACGCCUUCUCCUCUCACCACGCCUUCUCCUCCUCUCACCACGCCUUCUCCUCCUCUCACCAUGCCUUCUCCUCCUCCCGCCACCCCCUCUCCUCCUCCCACUAUGCCUUCUCCCCCUCCCGCCGUGCCCUAUCGUCCUCACGCCAUGCCUUCUCCUCCUCUCGCCAUGCCUUCUCCUCUCGCCAUGCCUUCUCCUCCUCUCACCAUGCCUUCUCCUCCUCUCACCACGCCUUCUCCUCCUCCCACCAUGCCUUCUCCUCAUCCCACCAUGCCUCCUCCCCCUCCCGCCGUGCCUUCUCGUCCUCUUGCCACUCCUCCUCUCCUGCUUCCCACCAUUUCCCCGCCUGCUUCCCCUAUUUUCCCCCUCUGCUCCUCUUUCCCCAUCUUCUCAACUUUCCCACCUCCGCUCUUUUUUCCCCUCUGCUUCUCUUCUCCCCCUCUUCUCCUCUUUUCCCUCACUGCUCCUCUUUCCCCCCUGUGCUCCUCUUUCCCCCCCCUACUCCACUUUCCCCCUCUGCUCCUCUUUCCCUCUCUGCUCCUCUUUUUCCCGUCUGCUCCUCUUGUCCCCCUCGGCUCAUCUUUCCCCCCUCUGCUCAUCCUUUUCCUUACUGCACCUCUUUCCACCCACUGCUCCUCUUUUCCCCCUCUGCUCCCGUUUCCCCCCCCCCGCUCUCAGUUUUCCCCCCCUACUCCCCUUACCCUCUCUGA